AAACACUUACUGUUUACUAACAAUCUCUCGGUACAUACUAUAAUCUCCAUUGGUGAAAUUUGCUCAGUGCUCUAAUGCAAUCGUUGACAAACUCUCUGCCCCACAUUUGAUGACUAAUGCAAUCUUCCUCUUCUAAUAUCGGUUACAUUGAGUGGCAUUCAAUUUGCGAAUCGUGUAGUGCAAGGUGUUAAUUGGUUUUGUAUAAAAUGCGGAAACAAAGAUUGGGAGAAUCGUUCCUGAGAUUUGUCUUCAGGAAGCUGUGGCUCUUGCUGUUUCUGUCAAGUGGAGUCGCAUUAUUCAUUACCUUCCUGAUGGUGGUGGAAGUAUCACCAGGAGGUUCAUCGGUGGUCAUAAUGCAGAUGGAAAAGCCGCCAUUGGAUUGGGUGAAAUACGGCUGGAUGAACAACGAAGAAUCGGACGACGAGGGUCUUUGGAAUCAAGAGACGAUAUUUUCUUAUUUAGUUCCAGAUCGACAAUACAAUAUCCCUUUCGGAAGUAUUGAAGAUCGACAAAGAACAGAAUCCAUCGGCAGAUUGACUUCGGCCUUCUUUCGAAACUUCCGAGCAUUCAGGAGGCCGAGAACGGAAGGAAUGAAAACGCCGGAAAAACGAGUUGCAGCGGUUCUUGCUUCCGUAAUUGUUGUCACACCGGAAUUAAACAAUUUCCCAAGAAAAAGCAAAGGCAGUGUGGAAUCAAACCAUGUCCAAGAUACUAUUGAGGAUGAAGUUGAUAUAAAAAUAGAUUUACAUCAUGAACAACAAGCGAUUUCCUCUGUACCUUAUAACGAAGACAUUUCCCCAAGUAAGAAUUCGAUAGAGUCUUCUAAAAAACUAGAAGAAACUAAUCUAUUUAAUGAUAAAUCAUCGACGAUGAGUGAUGUUAGUCCAGAUCCGAAAUAUCAAGAUUCGAUGUAUUAUUCUCACGAUGAAAAUGGGGAACAUGGUCUUUUCUACGGGGAGAUGGGUAGGCCGACUGUGUUAAAAGCCAUUUCUCAAGAUAUCCAGGAUCAGAUCGACGAAGGCUACAGCAACUACUCGUAUAACGAGUACCUUUCAAACCGGAUAUCUCUGCACAGGAGCCUCCCGGACAUGAGAGACCCCUGGUGCAAGGAGGAUGGCCGCUUCCUCUCGGACCUGCUGCAGACUUCCAUCGUGAUACCGUUCAGGAACGAGGCCUGGAGUGUCCUCUUGAGGACGGUGCAUUCUGUUCUGGACAGAUCGCCGCCGCACCUCAUCAGGGAGAUCAUACUGGCCGAUGACUUCUCUGACAUGGAGCAUUUGAAGUGGCAGUUGGACGAGUACGUUUCCAGGCUGCCCAAAACCAAGAUCGUGAGGGCCGCCAAGAGGGAGGGCCUCAUCAGGACGAGAAUGCUGGGCGCCAGUUUUGCACAGGCUCCCGUCAUCACCUUCUUGGAUUCCCAUUGCGAGUGCACGAUUGGCUGGCUCGAACCGCUCCUCGAUCGGGUCACCAGGAACUACACGACCAUCGCCUGCCCGAUUUCGGACUCCAUCAACUACGAGACGUUCGGCUACGAAGAGUUCAUGCUGGGAAACCACGUACCGAUCAGCGGCUUCAAUUGGAAGUUAGAGAUGACCUGGGAAUAUUUUACGGAACGAGGGGAGAAAAAAAGGAAGCAUCAUUCGGAGCCAGCCCACAGUCCAUCCAUGGUCGGAGGCCAGUUCGCAAUCCAUCGCAAGUUCUGGCACCACAUUGGUAUGUAUGACCCGGGCUACGAGAUCUGGGGAGCGGAGAACUUCGAAAUUUCAGUAAAAGCUUGGAUGUGCGGAGGAUCCGUUGAAGUCAUCCCAUGCUCGAGGGUCGGCCAUGUCUACAAGAAGAGGAACCACUGGAUCAGGUCCAAGGAUUACCUCAUCAUCUGGAGGAACUACGCUCGACUCAUAGAAGUCUGGAUGGACGAAUACGCCAGCAGGUUCUAUGACAACAUCGGCCGUAAUUUGACAGACAUCGGGGAUCUGACAGAAAGGAAGGAGCUGAGGAAGAGACUGAAUUGUAAAUCGUUCCAAUGGUUCAUCGACAACGUCUUUCCGGACCUGAGGGAUUAUUAUGAGGAAGAAGAUUAGUACCAUGUUUUCAGUGCGCAGCGAAGAUCAACGGACUUCUCUUAAAGCAUAAUGCAAAAGACUGAUUGGGGUUUUACAAGAGACAAAUUGAGAGAACAAACUGUCACAGCAAGGAAUGUUAAAUUUUAGUCUUAAUGUAUAGAUUAAAAUAUUCCAACAAAUUAACAGUCAUGUUCUUAGGAAGUACGAAAAAUAUUUAUACAUACUAGCUUUUUUUAAUAUAUUAUUUUGAAUCCUAAGACAUUUUAGAAGAAAAAUUUCUCUGACUGUUUUUUAAAUUAAUAAAGAGCUAAAAAAAUCC